GCCCCUGCGCCUUCCGGAUGCCAGCCUUCGAACCCUGGCGACCCCUGGCCGGUCUUUCUCCAGAGUGGGCUCCUCGGCAGCCAUUCGGUGCCCGGCUAAUAAAUGGGCAUGGGAAACUUUGUCAGGACUCAGGCUGCCCGGCACUGGUGCCCGUGGUGAAAGAGCUUGUCCUGGACAACUGUCGGUCUUAUGAAGGCAAAAUCGAAGGCCUCACAGAUGAAUUUGAAGAACUGGAAUUCUUAAGUACAAUCAACGUAGGCCUCACCUCAGUCGCAAACUUACCAAAGUUAAACAAACUUAAGAAGCUUGAACUAAGCGAUAACAGAAUCUCAGGGGGCCUGGAAGUAUUGGCAGAAAAGUGUCCGAACCUCAAGCAUCUAAACUUAAGUGGCAACAAAAUUAAAGACCUCAGCACAAUAGAGCCACUGAAAAAGUUAGAAAACCUCAAGAGCUUAGACCUUUUCAAUUGUGAGGUAACCAACCUGAACGACUACCGAGAAAACGUGUUCAAGCUCCUCCCACAACUUACAUAUCUCGACGGCUAUGACCGGGACGACAAGGAGGCCCCUGAUUCCGACGCCGAGGGCUACGUAGAGGGCCUGGAUGAGGAGGAGGAGGAGGAUGAGGAUGAGGAAGAGUAUGAUGAGGAUGCUCAUCUAGUGGAAGAUGAAGAGGAUGAAGAAGAGGAGGAAGAAGGUGAAGAGGAGGAUGUGAGUGGAGAGGAAGAGGAGGAUGAAGAAGAUUAUAACGACUGGGAAGUAGACGAUGAGGAAGAUGAAGAAGAGGCUGGUGAAGAAGAAAAGGGUCAGAAGCGAAAACGAGAGCCUGAAGAUGAGGGAGAAGAAGAUGACUAAGUGGAUAACCUAUUUUGAAAAAUUCCUAUUGUGAUUUGACUGUUUUUACCCGUACCCCCCAAAUCCCGCCCCCCGAAACUUAUUUUUUUCUGAUUGUAACGUUGCUGUGGGAACGAGAGGGGAAAAGUGUACUGGGGGUUGUGGGGAGAG